AUGAAGCACUACUGGUGGGCAGUAGUCAAAAGUGUCGAGGUGACGCGAUGGGAGGGAUUGGAUGAAUCAGAUGAAUCGAAUAAAUUGGAUAUAUCAAUCGGUGAAGUGAUGUGUACUGAACGGGGAAAGACAGACGACAUUCUAGAUCAAGAGAGUAGAGAUGGAGUAGUACGAGACGGUGCAAGAGGAUGCACUGAGAUCAACGGAUUUAGCGUGGUGGCUAUAGCGAAUUGGAUGGACUCAUUAGUGAUGCGGUAA